CUAAUCCGAAACAAGACAAACACAAAACUACAAAACGAGCCAAAAAGAAAAAAGAAAAGUAAAAAGACAAAAUCGCCCUUCCUUUUUCCAUUUCUUUAAUCAUUUUCCGCAAAAAAAGAUCCUCUUCCGCUCGAUGGCCAAGAGGCCGACCGCCGCCGAGCCGACUCGCCGGACGCUGACGUUCCCGGCGGUGCACCCCUCCGACCGCACGCCUCCGUCCGCCCUCCUCUCCUCCGUCGCCGACCUCGCGAGGUCGAUCCUCGCCUGCAAGUCCGGGCGCUUCGCGUGCAACCGGCGGAACGCCGCCGAGUCGAUCCGGAACGUCGCCAACCUCCUCAUCUUCCUCGAGGAAGUCGUCGUCCCCACGCCGCCGCCGCCGCCGCGCGCGCCCGGCUCCGUCGCCCUCGGCCUCUCGGAGCUCCACCUGGAGCUCCGGAAGCUCCGGUGCCUCCUCGAGGACUGCACGCGCGACGGGGCGCGCGCGUGGAUGCUGGUAAAGUCGGAGCGCGUGGCUGGCCAGUUUCGCUCCUCGGCCCGCGCGAUGGCGACGGCGCUGGAUGUGCUGCCCAUGGAGGACGUCGGCGUGCCGGUCGAAGCGAGGGAGAUCGCCGGUUUGUUCGUGAGGCACGCGCGUAAGGUGAGAUUCGAAGUUGAUGUAGAUGAUCGGACAGCGCUUAGCGAUUUGAUGUCGAUUUUGAGUCGGUUUGAGUGCGGCAUUGCUCCGGAGAGGAGUGCUUUACAGCGUGUUCUUGAUUAUGUUGGUGUGAGGAGCUGGACCGAUUGCCAUAAGGAGAUCAGGUUCUUGGAUGCUGAAUUAGGGUUUGAGUUUUCGAGUGUUGAGAAGAGGGAGGUGGAGAUUUUGAGUAGUUUGAUGGGGUUGAUGUGCUACUGUAGAUGCGUGCUUUUCAAGGUUGUCGACAUCGAAUCCAAUCGACAAUCCAAUGAAGAGCAUGCUAUUAAAGUGCUUGAUCACAUCAAUCCGGAUGAUUUUCGGUGCCCAAUUUCUCUCGAGUUGAUGGUCGAUCCAGUGACCACAGUCACAGGACAUACAUAUGAUAGAGCUUCGAUAGUGAAGUGGUUUAGGGCUGGAAAUUUCACUUGUCCUAAGACAGGUGAGAUGCUUGCAAGCACGGAACUUGUUCCGAAUGCAGCGAUUAGGCGGUUGAUCGAGCAAUACUGUUCCGAGAAUGGCAUUCCUUUUGCUGAAUCAGCUCGCAAGAAUCGCGAUAUCACGAGGACUGUUCUCGCCGGGAGUGUGGCAGCAGAAGGAGCCAUGAAAAUGCUUGCGAGCUAUCUUGCUUCCAGGCUGGAGGUUGGGACUGGUGUGGAGAGAAAUAGAGCUGCCUAUGAGAUCCGGCUUCUUGCCAAGACGAGCAUUUUUAAUAGAUCGUGCUUGGUUGAAGCUGGAGCUAUUCCUCCCUUGUUAAAGCUGCUGACGUCAAGGGAUUCAUCAAUCCAAGAAAAUGCUAUUGCAGCUCUUUUGAAUCUCUCGAAGCAUUCAAAGAGCAAAGCAAUUAUCGUCAAGAAUGGCGGUUUGGCAUUGGUUGUGAAGGUUCUCAAAUAUGGGCAUAAGGUUGAAGCUAGGCAGCAUGCAGCUGCAACACUGUUUUACCUUGCCUCGAUAGAGGAGUAUAGGAAAUUGAUUGGGGAAAUUCCAGAAACCAUCACAGUUUUAGUGGAGAUGGUCAAGAAUGGAACCAGUCGUGGCAAGAAGAACGCAUUAGUGGCAGUUUUUGGGCUUCUAAUGCACCAUGGCAAUCACAGGAGGGUUCUUGCAUCCGGAGCAGUCCCGGUGCUUGUUCAACAGUUGAAGUCUUCUGAUAGAGAAGAUUUCGUUAUUGAUUGCCUGGCUGUUCUGUCAAGCAUAGCAGAGAAAUCUGAGGGAACAUCAGUGAUUUUACGUGCCAGUGCUUUGUAUAUAAUCAUGGGGAUUCUGAAUUCUUCUACCUCAAGGGUGGGGAGGGAGCAUUGUGUGACUCUGUUGCUGGCUCUGUGCAUCAAUGGUGGAGCAGAAGUUAUCUCCAAUUUGGUGAAGAGUAGCUCUCUCAUGCAAUCUCUCUAUUCCUUACUGAGCGAGGGCACUUCUCGCGCAAGCAAGAAGGCCAGUGCUCUCAUCAGGCUUCUGCAGGAUUUUUCUGAAAGAAGAUCUUGUGGUUCGCUGCCUGCAAUUUUCCAACAGGAACAAUCUGUCCAUGCUUGGUAACCCGAAUUUUUGAGGGAAUUAUUUUACUUUGUUGCGGUCAUCAGUCAUGUAGAUAUUGCUUUAUUGUUUUCAUCCUUUGUGAUGCAUUGACAAAAUUAGCUCAAUUUUUGAAGAGCUAGUUGAGUCAUAUUGGCUUUCUGCUUUUUACCCAUGAAGCCUUCUGUACAAAUAACCCCUUGUAUUCCGAUUCUUUUUCAAUGUAAUUGACAAUAAAAUGCCUUGUACCUCUGUAAACAUAAAGUUGAUUAUGCUCCAUCAAAUCAAAAAAACUUUUUUCUUUUCCUA